AUGGCCCUCUCCUUCCCUUUUCCUCCUCUUUCUUCCCCUGUCCACCAAUCCUUCCCCCACCCCUUCCUCCUCAGUAGACUCAGCUUCAGCACCCAGUGUAGUGGGCCACUGCGAGAGCAGAGACCUUGCAACAACUCUGCUGUGUGUCCAGUGCACGGUGCUUGGGACGAGUGGUCACCAUGGAGUUUAUGUUCAUCAACCUGUGGCCGAGGUUACAGGUCUCGAACACGGACCUGCACUCCCCCUCAGUUUGGGGGAGAUCCCUGUGCGGGCCCAGAGAAGCAGACCAAAUUCUGCAACAUAGCUGUCUGUCCAGUGGAUGGAGUGUGGAAUGAGUGGUCCAACUGGAGCUCCUGCUCUGCCUCCUGUUCUAACGGGACCAUGCAGAGAACCAGGGAGUGUAACGGCCCAUCGUACGGAGGCUCGGAGUGCAGAGGAGAGUGGCUGGAGACCGUCGACUGCUUCCUUGGGGAGUGUCCGGUGGAUGGCAAGUGGCAGCCAUGGUCUUUGUGGUCGGGCUGUUCUAAAACCUGUGGAGGGGGGAGCCAGCAGAGAAACAGGAUUUGUUAUGGGCCCUUUUUUGAGGGGGAGCCUUGUCCCGGAGAACAAGAGGAGGUCCGGCACUGUAAUGAAAAGCGAUGUCCGGAACCUCAUGAAAUAUGUGGUGAGGACAACUUCUCCAACGUCAUAUGGAAGAUGACUCCAGCUGGCGACACAGCGGCAGUACGAUGUCCUCCUAAUGCCAUGGGGCUAAUCCUGCGCCGCUGCACCCUGGAUGAAGAGGGUGUGGCCUACUGGGAGAAUCCCACCUAUAUGAAGUGCAUCUCCAAUGACUAUCGCAGCAUUCAAACUCUGACACGGGAACAUUUGUCCAAAGCGCAACGUGGCCUUGUGGGAGAUGGAGUUUCUGAUGUGAUGACCAAGCUGAGAGUGACGUCCAGUGAUGGGACUAGCUACAGCGGUGAUCUGCUGGCCAUCGUGGACGUGCUGAAGAAUAUGACAGAGAUCUUCAGGAGGGCAUACUACAGCCCCAGCAGUGCAGACAUGAGGAACUUUGUGCAGUCCGUCAGCAAUCUGUUGAUGGAAGAGAACAGGGAGAGAUGGGAGGAAGCACAACUGCUGGGACCGAACGUCAAAGAGCUGUUCCGUCUGGUUGAGGACUUUGUGGACGUCAUCGGCCUGAGGAUGAAAGACUUUCAAGACAUGUAUGAAGUCACUGAUAACCUAGUUUUGAGCAUCCACAAGCGUCCAGUGGCGGGUCAUGCAGACAUCAGCUUCCCCAUGAAGGGCUGGAGGGGCAUGGUGGACUGGGCCCGCAGCUCUGAGGACAGAGUCACCAUCUCCAAAAACAUCCUGUCCACUGGAAAGCCAGAUUCAGACGACUCCUCAACAUUUGUAACCGGCAUCGUUCUGUACAGAAACCUGGGCAGUAUUCUGACUCUGCAGAGGAACAGCACAGUCCUCAACUCCAAGGUUUUGUCAGUGACUAUCAAGCCCACGCCUGCUUCCCUCUCUGCUCCGGUAGUUGUCGAAUUCUCUCACCUGUACAACGGGACCACCAACCAGACCUGUAUUUCCUGGGACGAGAGCGACAGCUCCUCUCUGCUGGGAUCCUGGUCUGCCAGGGGCUGCAAAACCGUGCUACUCGACUCAUUCAGAACCAAAUGCGUGUGUGACAGACAGUCCACCUUCGCCAUUUUAGCACGGCUCAAUCCCGACAUGAACAUGGACAAGACACACCUCCCGUCUGUGACGCUGAUUGUGGGCUGUGGAGUGUCAUCGCUCACGUUGUUGCUGCUCAUCAUCAUCUAUGUGUCUGUCUGGAGGUACAUUCGGUCUGAGCGCUCAGUCAUACUCAUUAACUUCUGCCUCUCCAUCAUAUCCUCCAAUGCCCUUAUUCUCAUCGGACAGACGCAGACGCGGAAUAAGGUCUUAUGCACCCUUAUAGCUGCCUUCCUUCAUUUCUUCUUCCUGUCCUCGUUCUGCUGGGUUCUGACAGAGGCGUGGCAGUCGUACAUGGCGGUGACGGGUCGCCUCAGGAAUCGCAUCAUACGGAAGCGAUUCCUGUGUCUCGGCUGGGGUCUCCCUGCAUUGGUAGUGGCGAUCUCAGUUGGAUUCACAAAGGCAAAGGGAUAUGGAACGCCAAGCUACUGCUGGCUGUCUCUGGAAGGAGGUCUUCUUUAUGCAUUUGUUGGACCUGCUGCAGCUGUUGUCUUGGUUAACAUGGUUAUUGGGAUUCUCGUUUUUAACAAACUGGUGUCCAAAGACGGCAUUACUGAUAUGAAACUAAAGGAGAGGGCGGGGGCUCUCCACUCAGGAAAACUUCAGUCUCAGAAGCCCCCUCCCAUGUCAUCAGUGAUUGGGGCAUCACUGUGGAGCUCCUGUGUGGUUUUGCCCCUCCUGGCCCUCACUUGGAUGUCGGCUGUCCUCGCGAUCACCGAUCGGCGCUCUGCGCUCUUCCAGAUCCUAUUUGCCGUCUUUGAUUCACUGGAAGGCUUUGUCAUUGUCAUGGUGCACUGCAUCCUGCGCAGAGAGGUUCAGGAGGCGGUGAAGUGUCGUGUAGUGGACCGCCAGGAGGACGCAAAUGGAGAUUCAGGUGGAUCUUUCCAGAAUGGCCAUGCUCAGCUCAUGACUGACUUUGAGAAAGACGUUGACAUGGCUUGCAGAUCAGGCACUAUGAAGCGCUCGUCUCUCCAGGGGGAGGAGAAGGCCUCCGCUGGGACCCUCACCCUUCAGAAGGGUUCUAACUUCAACACCAUGCCAGCCAGCAUGGCUAAGGUUCACCUCCAGAAUGUGGCCGACUACAACUGUCACACUCUGACGCUGCGCAGGGAGAAAGGCGCUGCUAAGGGGAUCAGCACAGAGCUGCCAGGCGCCAAAUCCAUCUACAUCUGUGACGGCGAACUCUUCAAGCAGCUGGACGGAGAGCUGCCUCGAGGGAACGGUGAGGGCAGCAGCUCUGAGGGCACUGGCAAAGGUCCGGGAUACGUCAUUCUACCAACCAACAACACGGGCACUCUGAAGGCAGCCAAGGGGAAAGAAGAGCAGGCGGCCAAGUAUAACAUCGGCAUUGAGCAGCUGCCUCAGACCAGACUCAUCCACCUGGCCAACUCCGCCAGUGGGGAGCCAAUGCCUGGCUUUGGGCUGAAGACCCUGCCUGCCGACCAGGUCAGUGUGUCAUGCUCUGACAGAGACUCACCUGCACACAACCUGCAGCCCAGAGACUCCCAGGUGGCCAACAGCAUGUGUGAUGGGGGAGACUCCGGAAACUCUGGUGUGAUGUCUAAGAGUGAAACCGUCUCCACGCUGUCCAUGAGCUCACUGGAGAGACGAAAAUCACGCUAUGCAGAACUUGACUUUGAGAAAAUAAUGCACACCCGGAAACGCCACCAGGACAUGUUUCAGGACCUGAACAGGAAGAUUCACAGUGCAGACAAGGAUAGAGAAUCUCCACCUGUUGACGCCAAAGCUGCCAAAAGAUGGAGUGUGUCCUCUGCCAGCAGUGACAAGACCAACAUGAGUGACAAGCAGCAGACCCCUAGUAAGAGGGCAUGGGAGGGCAUCAGGAAGACCCACUCCCCCCCAUCCUGGGUGAGGAAGGACCUGGAGACAGUUGCAGCCUCUCCUCUGGAGCUGCAGACAGUGGAGUGGGAGAAGACCAGUGCCACCAUUCCUCUGGUGGGCCAGGAGAUCAUGGACCUGCAGACAGAGGUGUGACCCAGAUAAUGGACUCAUACAUACAACUCUUUUUUUUUUCUUUUCACUGCUCUCCGACAAACAAGCAGACACACCACAUACACUGCCCUGCUCUGUACUUAUACUCAAAGGCUGGAUGAAGCCCACUGCGGGAACGUGAGGGGGAAGAAGGGUGAGGAGGAGAGAGAAGCAUCACAAUAUCAGAAAAUCAAUUUAACCAAUUAAAGAGAGAAUGGGAACAGUGUCUUUCCUCUGUUCUUUCAUUUGACGUUUGGACUGUGUUUUUGUCAGAAAAAUACUCGUCAUCUUCUUGUAUAUGGUCUCAGAUACCAUGCUGGCUUACAUGGGAGACAAAGCGGCUGAUUCAGCUGCUGUAUCUGCAUCAUGUAAUAAACAGCACAGCAAAGGUAAUCAUGCAAUGUUUCCCCCUGCAUUAAAUGGUUACAGUGUAAUAAUCAUGAUUAUGUCUCUUUUUUUCCACUGUUGAGACUCUUGCUGUUUCCGCUCUCUCUUUCUCCUGAUGAACGCUUAAGUUGUACUUGG